AGAAGAAGGGUAAAGAUCCCCGGAUAUGCACAAGGUGUUUAUCCCAACACCCCCCGCCCCCAGGGAGGCAUAAGCCAUUCAGCCCACGUCCCUCUCGCUCACUCGGGGUGGAGGCCAGAAGGGAUGGCGGGCGCCCAGCAGCCCUCCCCCGGGGGCGCGGGGUCAGUGUAGCCCCCGGGGACCGCGGUGAGGGCCCCGCGGGGGUUCCCCUCGGCCUCGGUGCCUCCCCCAGGCCCCAUCAUUCCCGUACCCCGCGGGUUUCCAAACUUUCCGUGUCCGCCGCCGCCGUGAUUGGCGCGGCGGAGGCCACCUCCAUGCAAAUGAAGCCCCGCCGCCCGGCGCCCGCAGAUCAAUAGGGACGCGGGGGAAGGAGCAUGCAUUCCGCCUGGGCCGGCGCGGGGACAGCCGCCCGCCGCACGCCCCGAGCGCCCCCCGAAACCAGCCCCCCGACGGCUCCCCGCGGGCUACCGGGGCACCCCCACCCCGCGCCCCCUCUAAAGCGAGAGCUUCCCUCCUCUGCUUUCUUAUGAACCCAGGAUGAGCAGCAAAGAAGAUCCGAGCAAGUGCUGUCCGGCGGCUGCUCCCAUCUCCAGUUUCACCAUCCAGUCCAUUCUGGGCAGCGGCAGCGCCGAGCCCCCCCGGGAAGGCGGCGGAAGGGCGCCCACCUGGCCCGCCCGCGCCAGGACCCUCUCCCUCUCCUCGGAGGACGAAGAGCCGGAGGAGAGCUGGAAGCACCGCGGCUGCUUCUGCCCCGAGGCUCAGGGCCCCGCCGAGGCGUGCCACAAGCACCAGCCCCUCAGCUUCACCUGUCUCGGCAGCGCCAAGGGGAGCGGAGCGGCGGCGGCGGCCAGCGCGGAGCGGGGGCCCUUCCUGUCGCCCCCGCAGCAGGACUGUAAGGACGAGAAGGAGAAGCCGCUGGGACCCUCCUCGCCCUCCUGCGGGGACCGGCAGCGUGACGGCGGGGACCGGCAGGCCGGCGCCGCCAAGAAGAAGACGCGCACGGUGUUCAGCCGCAGCCAGGUCUACCAGCUGGAGUCCACCUUCGACAUGAAGCGCUACCUGAGCAGCUCGGAGCGGGCUUGCCUGGCCUCUAGCCUGCAGCUUACCGAGACCCAGGUGAAGACUUGGUUCCAGAACCGCAGGAACAAGUGGAAACGGCAGCUCUCGGCCGAGCUGGAGGCGGCCAACAUGGCCCACGCCUCGGCGCAGACUCUGGUGGGGAUGCCGCUGGUGUUCAGGGACAAUUCCCUCCUGCGAGUGCCGGUGCCCCGGUCCAUCGCCUUCCCCGCCCCUCUCUACUACCCCGGCAGCAAUCUCUCGGCCUUACCGCUCUACAACCUCUACAACAAGAUCGACUAUUGAGCCUCUGCCCCGCCCGCCCCGUCGGAACCGGCACCAGGACCAGGAGCAGGACUGGAGCCGCCGCGGGGGCUCCGUGUGGGGUCUCGGGCCGCCCCCGCGGCGGGGACACAGGAACCGAACUGAUGGGGAGGGACGGGCGAACCGAGAGCCCCCUCUUGCUAUCCUGCCACUUGAAAAGAAAAAAAAAAUAAUUAAAAAAGCGUUAUUUCAGAUCUGUAAAUAUUUUUAAAGAAAAAAAGAAAGGAAACAACAACAACAAAAAAUUAAACCUCGUUUUAAGCCUCAUUUGUAAAUUUUUUGCCACCUCGGUCGCGUGUCCCCCGUGAGGGGGGACCCCGGCACAGGGGUACACCCGCAGACGGGAUGGGAUGGAAGCACGGGGAAAGAGAAAACGACUUGAAACGCAGAGGGUUUUAUUUUUAUCUCCCCCCCCCCUGCAUUUUUGCUCUUUAUCUCGUUUUCUGCAGGGAAUCCCAGGCCCGUCCCCUCUGCCCGUGGCCCCUCGAUGCGCUGCUCUCGGCGGGGGGAUGAAGGAUAUUCCCAGAAAAGUUUCGGUAACGGGGGCCGUGUUUGUGUUUCGUGGAGUGUUUUGGGCAUCCACGACGGGUCCCCAUGUCGGAGGGGACGACCGGUCACUCAAAACCCAGUAAAUCUCGCAGCAAAGCGGCGAUCAAACCGCGGCCACCGGCUCCGGUACCGAGCGCGGGGGGUGUCACAGCAGCAGCGACGAGGGCAGCGAAAAAAACCCAAGAAACCAAACCAAACCAACAAAAUAUAAAUAAAAUAUCCCAAGGGGUAAAUAACGCGGUUGUCAGCGCGGGGAAGGAGAACGCGGUGUUUUAGCUACAGACCCCUUUGCCUGGGGGUACCGGCAGCCGGGUGGGGGGGAAGGAGGGACUCAAUUUAGGAGACUGUUUUAGGGGCAAUAACUCGUAUUUCGGGUUUGCACGUUAACGCUGCUAAACCCCAUCGCCAGCCACUCUUUCUUCGCAGCACCAGCCCCAGGGAUUCCCCCCGGGAACCUCCCGUUAUCAGCCGGGAUGGGAUUGAGGACAAGGAACG